AUGGGUUCCUCAGACGUCAUUGUAGAGAUCGACCGCUCUUCCACUGGUGGUACUUUCACCAAUUACGAUAUCAUCAAGGGUACGAUAACUCUCGUAGUAACCAACUCCAUCACACUUAACUAUAUCCAAGUCAAACUUGAAGGUGUUGCACGCACUGAGCUCAGGAUCAGAAAUGACCAUCGCAAUCGCAAUCGCAACCAAAACGAACGGUUUAUCCAGGAUGUCCAUAAGGUUUUGUACGAUGCCAUGAUAGUAUUCCCUCCAGACAAUGUUCGACAGGUGUCUAAAGCAAAGGAGUUCACCUUGACACCGGGCAACUAUACGUAUCCGUUUGAGUUCAAGAUUCCUUUAAACAACGCCUGUGUCAAACUUCUGGGGAUCACAAACAAGAUUCAGUACAACAAGAAUAGAAAUGAUUUAGUUAUCAACAACGGCAACUUCAAUAGUGAAAUUGUUAGAAACAGAGCAAACCAAUUGGUGCAGAGUUUUUCGAAUGGAAACCAAAGCAAUUCAUCAAACAACGGUGGAAACUACAAACAACUGAAUUACCAUGUAAAUACCCAGUUGCCUCCUUCUCUUAGUGGGAUCGGAGAGUUUGCCAACGUAACGUAUUUCGUAAAAGUAACGUGUAAAAGAGCGUCGUUCUUUGUGCCCAACUUACGUGCCCAUGAUCCCUUCAUAUUUCUUCCUUUGGAUAUCGACGACCAUUUCCUGAGAAUUGACAAUCACGUAUACGAGGAGUAUCGUGAAGUGUUUGUACGAAAGGAGUUGAUUUUCAAAGAUAGAAUACCCGAGAUCGUGGGAGUCAAGAUUCCACCUCAGGCAACAGAAAAGAAAAUCUUACCUAAAGCUCCCGACAUUCCACCUAAAAAACCUGGGUUUUUCCAGAAGUUCAUGGGUCUGCAACCUGGCACCUACUUACCAUCGCCGGUUCCAGUGCACAAGAAUCAGGGUCUGCAUGCAUAUUACCCUGAGAUUGAAUCGAAAGAUGUUCCAUUUUCGUUUGAAGUCAGAUUUAGAUACCCUGCUUUUUUGAUUCCGACAAAACCUCCUUCUUUCAAGCUCUAUUUAAUGUCCUUGUUGAAGCCUUCUCGAUACACCUUGACAGAAUAUGGAAGACCAGAAGAUAGUAAUGGAUUAGGUGUUGUUUAUUUGCAGAAGCUCGUUGUAGACUUGACGUCCAUCACAUUAGUCUCGGUAUUGGAGGAAGGAGGAGGCGUCUACGGCAAUGAAAUCCAUACCGGUAGUCAUGAAGAAGUGAUCAAUGUGUGCAAUAAUAGCUAUAAAAACUUGAAGUUCGACCUCAAGAAUUGCCACAAGAUGAAAACUCCCUCGUCCGUUGGCGUAGACCCUGAAGCUUCCAAUGUAUAUGAGCUUGAAAUUCCUACUAAGUACUUUGAGAAUUGCAUAUUGCCUGACCACUUGUCACCUUCUUUCAAAACAUGCAAUAUCACCAGAAAGUACAAUCUCUCUAUCACAGCUGUAUUCUCAUCCGAGAAGAUUGUAGACCACAGUAGCUCCAGAGAAUUCCAUAAGAAAACAAGAUCUGUCACUUUGGAAUGUGCCAAUAUCAAGGUUCUCAGUGGGUUGAACAUGACCAGCACAUUACAUUCCAAUGCUUCACAGCCUAGUUUACCACGUACAUCCAGCAUUUCCUCUGGCGUUCCUCCACCGGUUCCUCAUGUUGCAAAGAGACCUAGUACAGUCUCUAUUGAGAAGCCACCAUUGCACGCACGCCAAUCCUUCGAAAACUCGGAGAACUCACUUGAAGACAUCGGAAAUGGAGAAGUUGAGGGUGAGUUGCCUACUUAUGAUGACGUUGUGCGGGAGUCUUCUUACCAGGACGAUAGCGAGCAUAUCCGGGCUAGGAGAAGAUACCAGCAGCAUGAACAGUACUAUCAUAAUUUAGCGUAG